UCAGUGCUACACUCCUUGUGUUGUCACCCGAACCGGGAAUUGUCAGUGUUACAGGGUCACCGUAGUCCAAAAAUCACUACCUGCUAAAAUGGCACCCAAGAAGGACGCUAAGGCUCCUGCCAAGAAGGCCGAACCAGCCAAGCCAGCGGCAGCGGCACCGGCACCAGCAGCACCUGCACCGGCACCCGAACCAGCCGCCCCUCCCAAGCCUGCCGCCGUCGACCUGUCUGCCGUCAAGGUGGAAUUCACCCCAGACCAGAUGGAGGACUACAGGGAGGCCUUCGGUCUGUUCGACAGGGUGGGUGACAACAAGGUGGCUUACAACCAGAUCGCUGACAUCAUGCGCGCCCUGGGACAGAACCCCACCAACAAGGAGGUGGCAAAGAUCCUGGGAAACCCCACUCCUGAAGACAUGGCCAACAAGAGAGUAGAGUUCGAGGCCUUCCUGCCCAUGCUGCAGUUCAUCGUCAACAGCCCCAACAAGGGAACAUACGACGACUACGUUGAGGGUCUGCGCGUCUUCGACAAGGAGGGCAACGGCACAGUGAUGGGUGCUGAGCUCCGCAUCGUCCUGUCAACACUGGGAGAGAAGAUGACUGAGGCUGAGAUUGAUGCUCUCAUGCAGGGACAGGAGGACGAGAACGGCUGCGUCAACUACGAGGCCUUUGUCAAACACAUCAUGUCUGUGUAAGGACCCUGGCACUGCCGCGCUGAGCAUCGUGUACAUGCAGACCCCAUGGUGUCGAGACAUCCCCUCGCUGUUUCCUGCACCACCGGAGGGAACAGGGGGAACAAAGGACUAUGAGAUGUCGUUUCUAAACCUUUCUUUCGUUUUUGUUCUACUUUUUUUUUUUUUUUUUUCGUUUUUGUCCAACUGGUGCUUUUUCUUCCUCCUCUAUCGGAAGCCGCCCCCAUUUGCCACGAGACGUUUCUUUUACUCUUCCCCAUCACGGCCCACCCGCACCCUUCCACGUCGUCUCGUUGAGGUAUUUUGUCGUCUUCACAGUGGAACAGUGACGGAGGGGAAGGUGCAGUGACGAUGAUGACUGUUCCCUCCCGUCACUCGACUGCCCGGCUGGCUCUCUACCCGCCAGUGGAAGUGACUGGCUCGGCCCAGGACUUGGCCACCAACGUGAAUCCACCCCUAACCCGCUCCAGCCCCCGAGUCUUAACUUAUUGUAACUCUCCUCUGUCGUUUCACAAUAAACUUUUCACAA